GUCAGAACCACCACCAACAACAACAAUCAACUCACGCGCUACCAAACCACUCAUGGUGUCAUACUACGACGAGCUGGAAAUCGAAGACUUUGCCUGGGACGAUGUCGCAAAAGUCUAUCACUAUCCUUGCCCAUGCGGCGAUCGCUUCGAAAUCUCAAAGGCUCAGCUUCGGGACGGUGAAGAAAUUGCCACCUGCCCAAGCUGCAGUCUGAUCGUCCGAGUCGUGUACGACUAUAUGGAUUAUGAAGACUACGAGACGACCGACGACGAAGAGGGCGAUGAGAGCGAGGAAGAGACGACCCCCACCACCUCGACCAGCCCCUCGCCCGCACCCAACGCACAGAUCGCUGGCGCUGGUGCCGAGGAGGAGGCCUGUGCAGACGUCGAGACCCGGACAGAUGACCCAGCCAUCCUAUCAAAGGAUCUCGGCAAUCUCAAUUUGGGCAAGGGUACCAACGAACCAUAGAACCGAUUCAACGCAUGGCCCUCACAAUUUACAACACUCAACACGCACGGCCCUCCCAUCACCCAUGUUUGUACAUACAUAUUCGCCAUGUCACCAGGGGCAGCCACUGCCUCUCACAGACUACAACCUU